CAGCUGUUGGAGUUUCCUUGUUUGAAAUCGAACGGCAAUCGAAGCUCGCUGGUUGAUGAUUGCGCGAACAUUUCCGCGGCGUUUUACCAUGCUCGGCUGGCUGUAAGUAAUCGGGAUUGCAAGAUUUCGUCGUGGACGCGGAGUAAACAGGGCGGGCUCGCGUAUUAUUUCUCGGCAGAACGCUCUUUUUACCCGGUGUGUUGACCCGGCGAGAAAAACUAUCCCGAUCCCACGAUUCAUAGCCUAACUUUCAUCAUACACGUAAACGGAAAACCUUUUCUGGAGCAAACGAAAUCUGAAAAAACGAGUGAAGUACAAUGGCUACGACUAGGAUGCAUCAGGAGGAUCAGGAAAAUCACACCGCGGCCGAUCCACGCGGCCGCGGUAAGGAAAACUACAGCAUCGUGAGCACGCACACGCAAGCGUUGCAACAACAGAACAAACGCUCCGUCCUUGGGCCGCUGCACAAUAAUUUCUUACGGAACGUGACGAAGCCCGAGAUUUGCAAAGAAGAAAAGAACAUUAAGCCCAAAUCUUGCACACAUCAUGAGUCGCUGAAAAUUUAUAAAAGCAAGACAGAAUCGAACUUUCAAAUAUACGAAGAUAAUUCGGAAAGAGAGAUAUCUGUUCAGCUCACGGAAGCUCACUUGAAGGAAAAGAGGGAAACUGAAAUUGUUCAAGAGACUGUGAAGAUCACAAGAUCUGAAAGAGAGUAUGAAAGAUUAGAAGCGGAUACGUCUGUCGCUACAAGUCGCGUAGCGUUCCUUAACACUUAUAAAGAAGACGAUCAGAAGAAGCAGGAUGACGACCUCUUCAAGGACAGUCCCAUGUCAUUGGGAAUGUCAGCGGAGAAGUCUGCUUCAUGUAGUACUAAUACCCUCAAAGACGAGUUCGUGAACAAUGGAUAUCUUAAACGUGAAAAGGUUAUUUUUGAUGUAGAAGAAUAUAGGGAUGAUAUAUAUAAUUAUUUACGGAUAUCAGAGACACUUCAUAGACCCAAACCUGGUUACAUGAAGAAACAACCUGAUAUCACGUACUCGAUGAGAUCUAUACUGAUAGACUGGCUCGUGGAGGUAGUUCAGGAAUACCGAUUACACAACGAGACGCUAUAUUUGGCUGUUUCGUAUAUAGAUCGCUUUCUCUCAUACAUGAGUGUCGUAAGAUCGAAAUUGCAACUUGUUGGAGCUGCUGCUAUGUUCAUUGCAGCGAAAUACGAGGAGAUUUAUCCACCGGAUGUAAACGAAUUUGUAUAUAUCACGGAUGAUACAUAUACGAAAACACAGGUGAUACGAAUGGAAAACUUGAUUCUGCGAGUUCUCGCGUUUGAUCUAACUGUGCCAACGCCCCUUACAUUUCUCAUGAAAUUUUGUGUCAGCAACAACUUGUCAGAUAAAAUUAGGUACUUGGCAAUGUACUUUUGCGAAUUGUCGUUGCUCGAAGCAGAUCCAUAUCUGCAGUACUUGCCCAGCCACUUAGCUGCGUCUGCAAUAGCGCUCGCACGGCACACGUUACACGAGGAGAUCUGGCCGGAGGAACUGGAGCUGUCGACGGGAUACAGUUUGAAGAAUCUUACGGAGUGCAUCUCCCAUUUGGACAAGACUUUCCACAGCGCUCCCAACAUCCGGCAACAGGCGAUACAAGAAAAAUACAGAAAUAAGAAGUACGGUCACGUGUCUCUGCUAUUGCCGCGCAGUACAGAACCGGUGUCAUGCGAGCGCGAGGAAGAAAGCGCAUAGUCAAGAAUACUGUUGUCCGACGAACACAGAAUUGAAGCAAUUAUCUCUGUGUAUAAAUUGGUAAUUAAUAACGAACCUCUUUUGAAAGCCUUACGUAUAUCGCAAGAGGAGGGAAUUCGAGACCUAGCAAGACUGACCUACCGUUCCACAAAAUGGAAGGAAAGCGUACAGUUUUUUUUAUUUCUCUGUUAAAGUGUGUUCGGUACGUUUUGCAGAAGCAAGAACGUACCUGGCUCUCCCUCUCCUACUUUUAUUGCGCCUGCUACUAUAUAUAUAUAUAUCUUACAGCGUAACUACUAAACUUAAAAUUUCCAAUAAUUGAUUUUGAUUUUGUCGUUAUAUUAAUGCGCGAGAUCAGAUAAAGGGAGAGAUAAUUGCAUAAUCGAAAGAUUAUAUUUUUAUAAGCAUUUUUUUCAGAGAAGAUUGUAUUAAAGUAACGACGAGCGCUGUUUCCAACACGGUACAAUACAAACGAGUAAAUUCGAAUCAAAAAAAGUGAAGUGCCCGAAUAAUAAUGAUAAUCGUAAGCAAAGCGAUUUUGUAUUUAUUAUCAUCGUAUUUACGAUUAAAUAUAUCCCAGUGAAUGAAUAAAAAAAACGGCUGAACCCAUUUUGAAUUCUAUCACUGCAAAAUUAGUUGCAUGCAUUUCGAUCAAUUUUUCAAUCUUUGUACAGUUUAUUUAUUUCGACAUUUUAGGUACCGUUAUUGAUAUCAAAUUUGCUUUGUUUUUUUAGACUUAAGAAUUUGUCCUUAUAUAUGUAUACAUAUAUAUAUAUAUAUAUCCUUGUACCGCAUGGUACAAGAGUAUUACAGUUUAUGCUGUGUAAGAUUGCACUGUCAAUGUGCUCAUGGCGUAGAUCAUUUCUAACAGCGAUGUGCCACGUAACACGUCUGCUCUUCUUAAUAUCCAUUUAUAACGAACAUUAAUCGGACAUUAAUUUGCAGUAAUUGACUUGCUCGUUUUUAAUGGUGUUCGUUCUUGGCCCUAUUGACGUACAAUAUUGCAGCAGCAUGUAUAUCGUAUUUUUUAAUAUAAUACAACAUAUUUAAGUACUCAUCACAAAUUCAGUAUGCAUAAAAACAUGUUCACACACACACACACACACACAUAUAAAAUUCAGAAUAUAGAUAGAUAAACAUGUUAUGCAACCAUGUAUCGUUACGCGUCCAGUUUUGCGCGUUAAUUGUAAAUUUUCAAUUUUAGUACAGUAGCUUGAAGGUCUUUUAAAUUUCCCGGAAGUAAUAUACUGUCAUAUACCGAGUAAAUGGCUUUUUCUAAAGCACGAUCGAUAUUAUAUAUUUACGAAACAAGAUACACUGAAGCCUUCCGUAUUCACAUAGAAUAGAAAUAAAAUUAGGAAUAAAAGAUAACUAUGAGUUACAAGAUAACGUAAAUGUUACCUAGCACUUCGAGAGAAGUAUGUUUCGUAAAAGAUGAAACUGAAUUUCGAAAAUUAGUCCUUCGUGAAUCUUCAAUUUUCUCUAGUGAUAUUCGAGAAUUUUGUCAAUCGAAUGUCGCGCGGAUCUCUUUUUUUUAUAUUUUUCAUAUAUACCUGACAUAGUGCGUUUUGUAACACGUUAAAAUUGUACUCGCGAAAAAACCAUGUCGCAUGUGUCGCGACGCAACACUAAAUCGAAGCCGGAAAGCGUUUCCGUAAAAAACAAAUUUGUAGACGAGAGCAAUAUAAAGUGUAAAUAAUAAUACCAAAAA